AUGCCUACUACACCAGAAUCACUUACAAAAUCUUUAGUAACAGAUUUCGCAAAAUUACUUGUAAAUGCUAAUGAUUACAACGUACUUAUUAAAGUAGGUGGCGAUUUACUGGAAGACUCAAAACUUAGUAGAAUCAAUCCUAAAAAUUCAAGUAUGGCAAUAUUUUGUGCUGAUGUUAGAGGUCCGUGUUUUGGUGGCAAGGAUUUGUGUAUGUCAAAUAUGAGCAGCCUAAAUAAAGGUUGUUCUACUAAAUAUACUUAUUACGAAUCGGAUAUUUUUAAAUCAAGCAAGUUUGAUGUAGUUGAUUAUGAAGUUUUCCAAGUUGUCAGAAAGAAAGUAAAGAUAAACGAAAGUUAG